GCGCAUUCAGUUCCAAAGCUACCUUCGCUCAAGCUGAAACUAUACAAAAUGAUCGGUUCAAAGUUUUUCUACUUGACACUCUUCGCAGUUGUCUGUGUGUCGCUCUGUGACGGACAAAUUCUUGGUGGUCACACUGAACUGCAAGGAGAUGACCUACAGAAGGCUAUUGAGAACUUAGAUGUAGUUUUGGCUAAGCUGUCUACCGGCGAUGGACCCAGCUACAAAGCUAUUAAGGUGAUCAAGGUGACAACUCAGGUGGUUUCUGGUUCCCUCGAGACCUACACCGUGGAAUUGGACAAAUCGGGCGCUUCCAAGCAGUGCACAGUUAAGGUCUGGUCUCAGCCCUGGCUCAAGGAGAACGGCACCAACGUAACGGUCGAGUGUGAGGGUGACGAGAAGGUUGAUUCUACCUGGUAAACAAAUAAUCGGAUGAUGUGAUGCAACAGCUACUUCAAUAAAAUUGAUUUCAAUCUUGAACGUAA